UCCCGGCGUGCUCCGCGCGGCCGCUCCCCGGCGCGGGCCGAGCGCCGCCAUCAGCGCGGCCAUGGCGCUGGCCGGGCUACGCGUGCUGGGCUGGGGGGGCCGCGCCGCCGCCCUGUGCCGCGGGCUCCGCUCCGGCCCCCCGAGGCUGCAGGACGUGGCGGGGGCCGCUGCCAAGGAGACGGAGAAGCAGAGCGCGACCGAGCAGAGCUCUUUAAUCCUGCAGAGGAACUCCAUGAGAUGGGAUGGCAAGGUUUAUGAAGAGGUCCCGAUAGCUCACAUCAAAGCAACGUACAACAAAAGGCACGUGGGAAGGGUGUAUUGCAUGUGCGAGUCAUGGUGAAAGGACUGGGACCAGGACGCAAAGCUGCCAUCAAGGGGC